AUGGGCAUUGUCUCGUUCUUCAACGUGAACCCUAAGCGCAUUCGUGAGGGGGCAAGAGCCUUCCUUAAAUCAGACUGCAACACUUGGGGUGACUGGAUCAGCAUGGUUGAACCACCCCUGUUAGUCCCAGACCCUGUUGGCUCACUACAGUGUGCAUUCUUACUGCCAAACUCUAAGUAUGAAUCCGCGGACAGUAUAAAGUUCCGCAGGCUAGACUGGGACGGCGAGCCAUCUGAACACGCCUACCUUAAGUUUCCAGAGAGCUGGGAUGAGCUCUACCAGCUCAUGUCUCUUGUGCUGACUCCCUCGAACUACGCAGCAUACUCCCUCAUUGGUCUCUUACUCAUUAACGCGUCACUGCCCAAAGGCAAAGACCCCAUCUGUGACAAUCUCUACCACAUCAUGACCAAAGACUUGAAGGUCAUGAUCCAAAGCAUCAUCUGGAGAAAGCCCAAGUGGAUCUCCUUCAAAAGAUUCAGGUCUAAACACCUGACCAUGUAUAACCCAAAAAGCAAGGGCAAAGCAAAAGACAACGCCAGAGACUCUACACCUGAAGGGGCUGUUUCCCUUAGCAAGUCCUCUGAUAACCAGCUAGGUGCAGAACACGCGAAUGCUAUAAAGAUUGACUCCAUGGCUGCAGCACCCAUGCCUGGCAUAUUGAAGGUCACUGCAAAUGACCCUCCGUGCUUCAAGAUUGCGUUCAUCGACUACUGGGAAGAGUAUCUUAAUAAUAACCCCAACUGCUUCAUUUUCUGGGUCGAGCGGGACAAGAAGACAAACAAAAUCGUCAGCCGUCACCAAUUACUUGGUAUGCUCGUUGCAUCUGAAUGA